GAUGCGCACGUGAGUGUCAGCUGAUGCGCAUCACGUGACGUACGCUCUGCUCUGUGCGGAAAAAGUUUAGCGAAAAUGGCAGAGUCGCGGUGGUCAGGGAAAUCAACUUUUAUAUCGUAUUUUUGUUUAUUUUGGAUUACGGGAGCUUUGACGACGCAUGUGCCGCUGUUGAUCUGGUCAUCCGACAGUUUGGCCCCUGUCCCCUCGUCUGCUGCUGGUCACAUCACCUCUCUCAGUGAGCUCAGGACUUACCUCAGCUCUACUUUAGGCUCUGGGGCCCACACAGUCCUGCUUUUUCUACAGGAAAAGUUGAGCCAAGAUGACUUCACAGUUUAUGGUGGUGUCUAUGGAAACAAAGAGGACAGUGCCUUUAAAAACCUGGAGGAGGCCCUGCAGUCCCAGUCGGCAGUGUUCCCAGCUUUAGAGUGGUCCAGCUCCUCUUCAGUGCCUUCGAUUCUGGAGCAGGUGUUCGGAGUGUCACCACUGCUCCUGAGCCCAGACGCUUUGGAUGAUCUCAAAAUGGACGCCUCUGUCAACAACCUGCUGCUGAUCAGUUUGCCCUACUGCAGCCAGAACAAGCACUGCAGGGAGGAGCUCAGGACCAACGAUGAUGUUAUUGGGCGUGUUCUUAAAACUCUGGAGGCCAAGAAUGUUCCUUACACAGCCAUGUUCACCGGACUACAGCCAUCACGGGUGAUUGAAGAGUCUUCCUUCUCUGCUCCGGUUGGCCGCUCUCUGCUCCAAGCUCCGCCUCCGGCUCCAGCGGUGCAGGCCCCGAUCAUCUUCAAUUCGUCUGGGAACCCCUGCAUCAUGCUCUGGGCUCAGAACCUCAACGUCAGCUUCUCUCCCACUGCAGCCUGGACCGACCUGUACACCCUAACUCCCACUCUGUCCGGGUCUUUAUGCAACGAGACCAACGCUGUACUGGUCCUGACCUAUAAUGGCGGCAUUACUCUAAGUUUCUUCAUGAGCCAGCGUUUCUUCCCGGUGUCGGCUCGUCGAUGGUUCUCUCUGGACUCGGUGCAGUUACGUCAGAACGCAGUGACUGCUGCUUUCUCCAGUCGAAAUAUUUAUGCUCCUGCCGAGUACUCGUACCACUGUCAGUUUGUGAGCAGCUUUAGAGACCCUCUGCUCAUCCCAGCCAACAACAACGGCAGCUGGAGGCUCAACUUUGUCGACUUUCAGAUCCAAGGCUUUGGUCUGAAUAACGGCACAAACUUCUCCUACGCGAGCGACUGCGCCGGCUUCUUCACGGGUGCGAUCUGGAUGGGUCUGAUCACGUCUCUAAUCAUGCUGUUCAUAUUUGUGUACGGUUUACACAUGAUCCUGCAGCUGAACACAAUGGACCGCUUCGAUGACCCCAAAGGCCCCUCCAUUUCUGUGCCUCAGACCGAGUGAACCCCACAGAAAUAAGAGAAGUAUUUAUAUGUUGAUAUGUGAUUUUAAAUAUACAGUGCCCUCUGCUAAUAUUGGUAAGCUAGGUUAAGGCUGUGGGGAUGUGGUGAACUUUAGACCACAACUAACCCCUUCUAGGAACUAGGCGAGGGAACUAGACCAGGACUAAAACCAAGGUCUGAAAUUGGGACCAAAACCAGGACUAAACUAAUGUAGAAUGGGACUAGACCUGAACUAAACCAGGUCUAAACUAUGUCUAUACCAGGGACUAAACCAAGACUAGUCCUUAUUUGUGUAGAUUUCUGGUCCACUAUAACUAACCUUCCCCCUUGACCCAUUUGUUUUUAUGCUGGAAAAUUUUAAUAUUUCUCCUACUUAAACACAUUUUAAAAUUUUAAUUAAAUAUUUGUAACUUGUAUGUACAUUGCAAUGUGUUUGGACAAAUUUAUUUUUUUAAGAACAUCCAAUUAUCCCAAAUGUCUUCCUUCUUUGCAAUGGGCCAAUAUCAGUAGAGGGCGCUAUGUCAUUUAUUUCCCCUGUGUAAUAUUUGUCCAGCCAAGGCAUGUGCCAUUACCAAGUGCCAAACAUUUUUUCAUUCACUGAAGUUGAGUUGUGUUUUCAAAAAUCAGUCUGUGCCUCUUAAUAUUCCUGAAGCAAUAUGCACUCAACACAGAGACGCCUUUAAACUGAAUGUGAGCUGAAUGCUGUAUGCAACUAUUGCCAACCCUUUUUCAUUGUAAUUUUAAAAACUACUGAAGUGCCUGUAUAUUUUGGUUUGCCAUAUUUUAUCUGUGUCACAUAACUGCAAAAAAAAAAAAGAAAAAAAGAAUAUUGUGUAACUGUGUUAAAAUGAUUUGAAUUCAGACUACCAUCAUCCUAACUGGAUUUAGACUAGUUUAGAUUAAAGGAGCACUGUGUAAACUUUGUGGCAGAGGGCUCAUUACCUGCUUGUCUCUAUAGAGAUGUUAUUGCUUUGCCUGGAAUGUUCCACUGUAUGGAAUUAAAUGCCCCAUAUUACCUGCUUUCUUGAUCUAUGCUAUAAUGUUGUUUCCUCAUCACAGACAGACCUGGAGUUUUGUGUGUUAAAAAUGUGUGAAUGAAACAAAACAUAACACAUUUAGUAGUUCUUCUCUCAAAUAGAAAACACUCUGUUCCACCUUGUGAUGUCAUGUGGUACAGGAAGUGCUCCACUGUGAUUUGAAACUCAACACACCUUCACUAGAAUCAUUUGGAUGGACUGAACUAAAGGUAAACGGAGCUGUUAACUUGAAAACUACCAUUUCAUGACAUCACAAGGUGGAACAGAGCAUUUUGAGCUUUGGAGAUGUAGACUAAAAAUCCAGUCUUACUCAAACGUGUGAAUGAAGCAAAACGCAACUCCAGGUCUGUUUUUGAUGAGAUAACAGCAUUAUAACAUGGUUAAAGCUCGAGAGUUUUACAUAAAAUAGGACCUUUAAACUUACCUUUGGUGUUUUACUGCUGAAAAAUGUCUUGAUAAUCCUUCGUUACUUUCUUACUGUGAGCGGGGUUGACUUUCCACAGAUUUAUGCUGUAACAACAUGACUUUAACAAGUAAAGCAAUAACAUCUUGAUGACGACAAGCAGGUGCAACACUCCAUCAGAAAAUGUAGACCGUGGAUCUUUAAUUACAGAUAUUUACACUGUCUUUGAAUUUGUUCUUAAUGUUCUUAAUCCUUUUGUUCUUAAACAUCUUACUUCAUUGGCACAUAAACUUUUGUUAUAUAAGAAAUUCUACCUUUUAAACUAUAUUCUGAAUUGAAGUCAUUUUAACUUCUGUUCUGAUAAUUUGAGAAUGUGUUCAAAUUGCAGUGGUGAAGCAUGUGCCUUUGUCAUGAUGCGGUAACUUCCAAAUGCCAAUAAAAGUUAAGUUA